AUGUCAUCCUCAAAUGAGUUCUCUUCCGUCUCGCCGGAGCACAACACCACCGACAAAAUACACCAAGAAAACCCAGAACAUCGUGAAUACAAUGGCAACAACACCACCCCCCACCUCACCAACCCGCUCGUCGAAAAAGGCGUCGACUUGAUCGACUCGCCCAUCCCGCUGCUGACAUGGCGCUCGGUCAUCAUGGGCAUCUUGGUCUCUAUGGGCGGUUUCAUUUUCGGUUAUGACACUGGCCAGAUCUCGGGUUUCCUCGAGACAAAGGACUUUUUGGAGCGGUUUGGAGAGUGGAAUGGCACCGAGUAUGCUUUUACGAACGUGCGGAGUGGGCUUAUUGUGGCCUUGCUGUCAGUCGGAACGCUCUUAGGCGCUUUAAUCGCCGCCCCGAUCGCCGACCGCUUUGGCCGAAAAUGGUGUAUAUCAGGCUGGUGCGUGGUGCUCUGCGUGGGCAUCACGGUGCAAAUCUCGUCCCCGGUCGGAAAAUGGUACCAAGUCGUGGUUGGACGCUUCAUCGCUGGUCUCGGUGUUGGUGCUCUGUCGCUGCUGGUGCCCAUGUACCAGGGUGAAAGCGGUCCGCGACACAUUCGAGGUUCUCUGAUUAGUACGUACCAGCUAUUCAUCACCUUGGGUAUCUUUGUGGCGUACUGUAUCGACUUUGGCACCGAGGCCCGCCCCGACACGGGCUCGUGGCGGAUUCCCAUGGGUAUCACGUACCUCUGGGCCAUUGUGCUUGGUGUUGGGAUGAUGUUUUUCCCCGAGUCCCCCCGUUACGACUAUCGCCAUGGGAAAGGCGAGCAGGCCGUCACAAAUUUGGCCAAGAUCUACGGCAUCCCCGAAAACCACCGCGCGCUUCUUCAAGAGUUUGACGAGAUCAAGGAGAAAUACGAAUACGAACUGAGCCGUGGCAAAAUCACCUGGGGCAUGAUGCUCACCUCGGAUCGUAUGAAAUACCGUAUCCUGGUCGGUGUGGCUUUGCAAGCUCUGCAGCAGCUGACAGGCGCCAACUACUUCUUUUACUACGGAACCACCAUCUUCAAGGGUGCCGGAAUUCAAAACUCCUUUGUCACCCAGAUGAUUCUGGGCGGUGUCAAUUUCGGCAGUACCUUUUUGGGUCUGUACAACAUCCAAAACUUUGGCCGUCGCAAAUCUCUGAUUGCAGGCGCAAUCUGGAUGUUUGUUUGCUUCAUGAUCUUUGCCUCGGUGGGCCACUUCAAACUCGACCAAAACAACCCCGAAUCAACCAAAACCGCAGGAAUUGUCAUGGUCUGUUUUGCCUGUUUCUUUAUCCUGGGCUAUGCCUCGACAUGGGGACCCAUGGUGUGGGCUAUCAUUGCUGAGCUGUACCCUUCUGAAUACCGUGCGCGUGCCAUGUCGCUGGCGACCGCAUCCAACUGGUUGUGGAAUUUCCUGUUGGCUUUUUUCACGCCGUUUAUUACCGGUGCCAUUGAUUUCCGGUUUGGCUAUGUCUUUGCCGGAUGUCUGUUUUUGGCUGCGGGCAUGGUUUAUUUCACGGUUAUUGAGGGUAAAGACCGCACGCUGGAGGAGAUUGAUACCAUGUAUGUGCGCCGAGUCAAGCCGUGGGAGAGUUCCAAGUAUGUCUUUCCCGACGACGUUACUUUGGGAAGAGACCUAGCCUCGGAGCAAAAUGGGAAACGGGCCGAGGUGCCCGAGUCGACGAGACAGGAAACAGUUUCCUAG